AUGGCACGACAACAACAGCACCAGCACCAGCAACAAAAAUUAUCCACACAUCUACCUAUAUUGUAUAACCCGUUUUUGAAUUGCAUAUUCAAUAACCCGAGUCAUUCCAAACCGCCAUUCAAAAGAACCAUUGAAGAAUUAAGCAACAAGCAUAACCAAUAUACGAUACUUUUACCUCCAGCAUACAUUUUAAAUGAGUUUCAUGAUCCAGCUACCGACGAGUCCAGCACAAAGGUGCUAUUGAAAGAUUUAUGUUAUAACAAUGAAGAUUUCAUCAAGUCACACGUUAUUAGAACCGGGGCACCUGUGUCAUCAACAGUGACACCGAUUUCGAAGGAGCAACUGGUGAUUUACAACACAAUGAGUGGCAAACAAAUACUCAUUAAGAAUCAAAUGAUAUAUACCGGUAAAGGGUUCAAGCGCAGUCUCAAGUUGAAAAUCACCUCGGUGCUGUAUUUCAAAUCAUUUUGCGAUUAUUUCCCCAAGGGAUCCCAGUUUAUGGUUAUACAUAUUGAAAGCUCUCUUAUCGGAGGAUCGCCGCCAUUCAAACCUCUACCGGAUUUACCACUAGCUCCUCCCUCUUCGUCGUCAGAUGGGACAACUUCUCGUGCAGAAAGUGUUGAUAAUGUGACGUUUGAGAAAUUGUUACGAAACUUUCCUCUCCUAUCUAAAGUAGUUGGUGAUAAAUUCUAUCGACUAUUUCAUCAUAACAAUAGACAAUUCCAUCAAUUGAGAACAAGGACGAGAAAGAAGCUAAGUGAUAUCAAGAUUGAAUUUACCAAAAUGCAAGAUGAAGCAUAUAAAAUUAUCCUGGACAGUGUUAAAAUUGAGAAUCCCAAUAGCGAACAAACUUAUAAUUUGUUGAACCAUGUGAUUAGCACGUACCCGGGAUUGGAUUUGAAUAAGUUGGUGCAUGAAUAUGUUGAACUAAAUUUGUACGAUUUGAUGUGGUCGCAAUUGGUGUUUCAAUUCAAUUGUCCCAAUGACAACAAGGAGGAUUAUGACCAAGAGGCUAUCAAACAUCUUACAGCAUCUGAGUACGAGAAACUUUCUUGUUUAUCACUAAAUCAGUUGGACCUUCCCGUUACUAAACCGUGGUUGAUCAAUGAACUACAUCAACGAAUAUACCUCGCAAUACAAGAGUUUAAGAAAUUAGCCGAUUCCUCGGUAGUGACCCUGACCAUGAAAACCAACAUCAUUUACAAAACAAUAGAGAUACUAUCACUGAGCAAAGAAGGAAGCGAUUUAGUCAUUGAUGCGGAUACCUUGAUUGGUUUAUUAGUGAUGACUGUUGUUCAUGCCAAGAUUGACAACAUCGAAGCACAUAUCUACUACGUCAAAAAUUUUAACGCCAUAGACCGAACUGAUGAUGGGCAAUUCAACUACAUCUUGAGCAAUUUAGACGCAGUUAUUUGCCACUUGUCAGAAAAAGAGCACUCGUUGGAAAGUCUUGCUGUGAGCUCAAAACAAAACUACGAUUUAUGGAGCGGCAUAUUAGAACAGGAUGUUUCCAAAGUGGAAAUAAUUAUCGAACAAACCAAUGAGAAUUACCAAGAUCAAGAGCUACCCCCAAAUCAUUGUUUAUUGAGCAAAAAUAUCAAUGGAGAAGGCGCACUUGAUUUUGCAAUCAAGGCGAAAACCUUUGAAAUUUACAACUUGAUCAUGAAUUCGUGCAUACUGUGGUUCACCAUUGAUUUCAUACUUUUUGAUCAAAAUGUGAUCACAAAUCAAAAUCUUUUAAUGACAGCAUUGAUUGAAGAAACAGAUGGGCAAAUAUUGGACGAUUUGUCGGAUAUAAUUAUUGAAAAUACCACCAUCGAUGAACAAAUAGCAUAUUUCAAUAGCCCUGAUAUUACUGGACGUACUGUUGGCCACUAUUUAUUCCACAGCCACCAUUUAAUUUCGAAAAUUGGUAAUUUGAUUGACUGGGAGUUGAAGGAUAAUAACUCCCAUACCCCUUUAUUUAGUUUGUGCCGUUGUUAUGACCAUCCAAAUUAUCUUGAAUUGUUAAAAGUUGGGUUUGAAGUUGUUUAUGAUAAAUAUAACAAAAGGGGUAUUGAUUUUGACAAGCACAUGGAUAAAUCAGGAAACUCAUUACUACAUGUCAUCUUAAUGGGAAUACCUCAAACGCAAAUAUUAUCACGAGAAGACAACUUGGUAAAUGUCAAUUUGACAAAUGCCAAAAAUCUUACCCCAUUGAUGUUGUACGUAAAGUACAGUCGCUUGGAAAACUUGCGCGACAUUUUGAAAGAUGACAGGCUUGAUUUUUUAUUUGAGGACCGCAAAAGCUUCUACAACGUGUUUGAUUAUUUGAGUUUUGUAAGCACGAAAUCUUCAAGUUCAAAAGAGUAUAAGCAAAUUGAAAAACUCAUUGUUGAUCAUUAUUUUGCCCAUUUCUUUCCCUAUCACAGACCAGAGAAGCUUGCUGCUUGUAAUGGAAAAUUUGAUUCUAAUUUAAAAGAAUGGGUGAUCAAUUUAAAGAGUCAAGAAUACAAAUGUAAGCUUCAAUCAUUGAAAUCGAUAAAGCAAGUAUUGUAUGUGGAGAAACUACAACGGCCAAUGUCCAUUUUCCCUGAUUCUGAUAUCAUUUGGCGCAACCAUGCCAUGAAUGUAUCUACAAGUCCCAUGUUUCAAAAAUUGAGGAUAAACAAAUUGCUUGCGAAGCUUAAUGUCAUGUAUCAGAGUAUGAUGUUCCUAAAUGAUGUUAAUCCCGAACAGCUAUUCACUUCAUUUUUAAGUGAUAUAUCCCACAACUUGUCCAUAUUGGAACAGAAACAAGUCAUACUGGCGGUUAUUGAAUCACAAAAGCAAGAUUUGGGUCAAGUCAAAUUAAGAUUUAGCAAUAUUCAAGAAAUGGAGUUUUUCCUUGACUUCUCGCUUCAAGAUGUCAAAAGGCAUGGUUCACUUUUCCAUAAAUUUUCUAAAUUAGUUUGCAUUGGAGAACAAAAACAAUUGGAUCUAAGAAAUGUUGAGGAUUUAACCAUUAGUCGUGUUAAUGAGCAAUCAUUCUUUUCGAAAUUGUUCAAUAUCCCUGAGUAUCAUCACCAACGGGGAAGUUUUGAUUUCUUAGCCCAGUAUGUUGUGUGGAUUGACAUGAUUGGCGAUGAGUUGUUGAAGCAUUUCCGUAAAAUCAACCAGGACGUGGAAUUGUGGAAGAAAUUGUAUCAUGAAAUCUGCAAUAUCAACCUGGAGUUGAGAUCGAUGGAACCGAAAUCACAAACAAACGUUCCCAAUGGAUUGUCGCAUGAGGGCGCCCGUGAACAGGGGGAAGAAGAAGAAGAAGAUGGUCAUGAUGGGCUUCGUCGCACCGGAACCAAUAGCUCCCUAUUCUCAACCUCCACACAUACACAUGCUGAUCUGAUACCGGAUGAAAGUGAAGGUUUGAACCUUUUCGGUCUUGGAAGUAGUAAGCGAAACCGGUAUAAAAGAUUAGUCGUGUCAAAAGCUGAUUUAGUGAAACAAAUUAUGAAGUUGAAUAUUGAUCUUAAAUGGGAAUACGAAAUAAUGGCUACACAAAUUUCCAAUUUCUUAACGUUUAGAACUCAGUUUUUAAAGUUUGGGUUGUCGAUUUAUGUUAGAGAAGAAAUUCGAUGCUUGAAGCAGAGGCAACUAGAAUGGAGAAAGAUCUUGUAUAGAGUGAAGCAUAAGUAG